AUGUUAAACUUAACAAUAAAACUAUGUUUCUGUUUCAGAUAUAUCGUCAUAACAUAUCCAUUGAAGCCUCGAAUGACCAGAGGUACUACAGGGAUUAUUCUGGCUUUAAUCUGGCUGAUCUCAAUAACAUUUACCAUUCCGGCUGCCAUACAUAGCGACUUGUACGCUAUCCAAUUCGAAGACGGUGCACAUACAGUGCAAUGUUCCGAAACAUGGAUGAACGCAUACGCUCUCAAAGCGUAUGCACUACUCAUGGUCAUUGGGGAAUUCUUGAUUCCACUGGUGGCAAUGUGUGUGGCGUAUUACCUCAUUGCUAAAACGCUAUGGUUCCGGAAGAUUCCUGGAGGUCAUAAUACAGCGGAACAGGAGCAGGCGGCAGAGUCUUCGAAGAGACGGACAAUCCGCAUGCUGAUUAUUGUAGUUGCCCUCUUUGCACUAUGUUGGGCACCAUACCAUGGCUUCGCCAUUACUCGUGACGUCAUCAUUCCAACCUCUACGUCCGAUAAUUUUGUGUUGUACCACACGUUGUUUUAUGUUGUGGAGGCCUUGGCGAUGAGCAACAGUAUUUUCAACACUCUUAUUUACAUAGUAUUCAACGCCAACUUCAGAAAGUGUGUGAUGCAGAUUAAAGUACCGCGGGCGUUUCAUCACGUGAUGCGACAUAGCAGUACCAAAACCCGGUCGUCCCGCCCGACCUCCAACUUCCGCAUGGGGACAUACCAUCGUUCUACAGGUCCAGACAACAAGUCAUUGGGGCAUUCCAGCCCGUCCAGGUCGCCCAUCCCAAGGCACCAACCAUCAGGCAGUUGUUUCUCCCCAAACGGUCAUUCAUUGGUCCCACCGGCUUCGCCGAAUAUUUUGUCUCCGAAUGAUCGCAGUAACAUCUUACAUAAUAACAAUGACAUUAUCACUGAGAAUCCACGGUGUGCUGAGAAUUCUCAACAGGCUAAAACUUUAGACGGAGAUUCCCGUCCGCAAUCCCGAUCUUACGAUGUUCAAGCUCAUCACGUGGUCGCCGGGGAAAACGGAAAGAUUAUAUUAGUUUUUAACGAGAGUGGAGUUGGAAGUCAAGUAUAGACUUACAAUCCGUGGGUUGAUGGCAGUCUUGUUAACAAUGCUAAACAUUCUAAGACUUUAAGACAAUUCUUAAGUGCACACAAGACAGAUACUUGGACGUUUAUUUGUACUUGGCAUUUGUACUUGGCAAUGUCAUUUACAGUCGGAGCUUGAUGUGACCCUUCCUGCAAAUAAUCUCUAAAGAUUAUUUUCCGGUUGUACAUCUUACGAUACAGACAUCAAAUCACACUGUGUUAUCAAGCGUUAUGCACUUGAGAAGGUGGGGAGAAACUUUGAGGAGAAUUAAUCAGUUCAGAAAGAGAGAGGAAAUAAUGAAGUAAGUAAUUGAGGAACUUAGCGGAGAAAAAGAAGACAAGUUUGUAAUUGUAUGGAAGAAAGAGUCAGGCACGAUUGUUGAGUUAAAUGACAAGUCAGGCUUGAUUGACGAACGCAGUUAAAUGAAGAAAUCGGUUUGAAAGUGGAAGGUGAAAACAAGACGGGUUUUACAAUUAAAUCUCUGUAAAAUGAAUUCGAGUGAUAGCAAUGGUGCGAAGAUACACUAAUUAAUUAGAAAUGUUAAUAGUUAACAUCUCAGUCUUGGUUAACCUUUUAUGAGUCGACAAGAAAACCUGAACUGAUCAAGUCUGAUUAACAAUUAUCGCUCUUUGUAUAGUAAAAUCUAAAUUUUUUACCACAUAAUUGGUGCCUCGUCGCUGCAUAUUUCAUUGCAAAAACCCAACACAUUAUACAGGUUAAAUACAGUAGUAAGUGUUGUUAUUAGGGGGCAAAAUGCAAAGAAAAGUUUGAAAAUGUUCCAGAGGUUGACAGACGUAACCGAAACUUCUGUAAAACGCAUUUGACUCAGACCCUACCUUUUAGUCUUGAACCAAGAUAAGUAACUCUUCAAGAAAAGUGACCUACCCGUGGGAUCUAUUUCCAAGUCUAUUAUUAAUAUGUCAGGGUGAGAUUUACGACUCGACUGUUGAAUCCGUUCGCCAAAGGAUACGGAUGAGCGUGUUACUGUAGCAUGUUGUAUGCAGGUGGAAGAGUGAGGGAAAGCGAGAUAUAGAGAAGAGUAUUAUGGGAAAGGGGGGUACAAGAUUGGCAGUACCACAGGGAACAAAGUGAGGAGUACGGGGAAAUACAGUGGAGAGAGGGUGACAAUGUGGGCUGAAACUGAAUGUAGCUGAAUGAUUAAAGUGCUCAGUAAGUACACAUAGUUCACUUGUUUAACAUACACGGAUGAUUUACAAUGGCUACAUAUAGGUCGAUGACGCAUAAAACAAGAAAUAACGUUGGUUUCCAAAGACGAGUCGGAAUCACCUUGCUCUGAAUGCCGCUCCACCAUAUUGCGUUGGAGCGGAAUGAUGAAAGGACACACA